AUGAGACUGCAUCGCUGGUGGCCCUUUGUGGCCCGCUACGGCUACCAUUGUCAGCGCCUCGUGGUUUCGAGCGCACUUUAUCUCGUGGUUCAUGGCGUUCUGCACAAGUGCGUCGACAUGCACCCGUUUGCGCACGAGGCUGUCGUCGUCGCAUCCACCGUCGCGCUUGCGUGUGUCGCCUCGCAGUACUACGUGGCGUCGCUUCAGAUGGUGGUUGCUGCCGUGCCACCGUCCACCAAGUGUACCGCGCUCGUGUUUACAUGCGGCUGUGCCGUCUCGUUCGUCGACGUGUGCUGUUAUCGCGGCCGGUACCAUGCUGUGAUAGAGUACGUCUAUGUUGCGCUCUGCCUCGGCGCUCCCGCCGUGCCCCUUCGCGACGUGGUCUACGAUGCGGACGUCGUGAGCUUCGUUAUCACCCUGUGGCCUGUGCUGAGCCUCUUUCCACUGCAAUAA